AUGGAUCAAUUUAUUCGUGGAACGUGUGAAGAAAUGUGUCCGAGAAGUGAAGUGGAGUUACGGAUCCACGAGAGGAUGGUGCAUUUCUUCGAAACAGAUCCCGAUGCAGGCAAGUCGGGUGUGCCGGAUCGCCACCGGAUGGUUAAAGAAUUUAGCCGAUCGGCUGCCGACAGACGACAACCAAAGCCCUGUGAGAUACGCACUCCAAUGAUGCUGCUUGAAACCGUUCACUACCUGCUCACAAUUGUUCUGCCCGAUAUCAGGCGACCGCUUUAUCAACGUUAUGAAUUUAUUUUUGAUCGAAUGAGAGCUAUUCGCCAAGAAAUUGUUAUUCAAAAUCUAUCUGCAAAGGAAACAUUACCGAUCCUAGAACCCAUCGUGCGAUUUCUUUGCUACAGUGCAUAUCAGCUCUGUGAUGCACCAAUUGCCGAGUUUGAUCCUAAAAUAUGCGCUCAGCACUUACAAGAAUGCCUUAAAAAAGUGAUUCGUUGCUACGAAGAACUAGACCAAACACUAGCUUCCUCGAAACAAUUGAACCGUUUCGAGAUGGAGCGGAUUUACUUGUCGUUCAAUUUGGGCAGUGUGGAAGCAACGCAAUCGGCAAUCGAUCGAUACGGGAAGAUCGAGCCUGCACUGAGAUUGCAUAUUUCCACUCAGCUAGAGUGCCUACGGGGGAACUAUUUCGCUGCGUUACAACAAAUUAAGCAGUAUGCUCCGCUGGAAGCCGCCGUGGCAACACUACAGCUUCCAGCACUCCGGCGCCGAAUCUUACAGCAAUUUUCUGUGGCCUAUCAGAGCCGAGUGCAAACGGUACCGCUUCGAUGGCUUGAAACUAUACUCCACUACGAGGGUCACGAGCGCACGUGGCUAUCGGACGACUGCCGUCAUUAUAACCUUCAGCUUGUGCCAACCAAAACGACUUGCAAUGAAGGAGAGCCUACGGGACGUGACAAUCGCAACAGCGCGGUGAAAUUCGAUAAGUCUCAAUUCGAUGUGCAUCGAGGCGUGGUUCAAGCAAGGAAAGUUCCCUUUAUUGAAGAUGUCCUAAAUCGCAGUGAAAACGUCCCAAGGAUGUUGCUUGGUGCGAGAUAAGACGUAAGGUGUGUGAAUUUGUCGACACUCAAUACUUUUCGAUAUUAAAAAUUGUGU